AUGAAUAUCGAAUCAAUGUCAUUUUUGAUCAUUUAUAAUGGUCAUAAUGGUGACAUGACCAAAAUCCCUAAACCCAUACGAUAUCAUUCCCUUCAAGAUUUCAAAACUUACCUUCUAGAAACCUUUCCUAUAUUAGAUGAUAGAGAAAACAUCUUCCUUCUAACCAGUUUUGGUAUCAAGUUAAAUUUCAACAUUAUCAAUGAAAUCAAUGAAGUGUAUGUAUUCGAUAAGAGAUUAUUCAAUGGUAAUGAAUUGGUAGAUGAUUAUAUGAAUAUUAAUAAGCUUAACUAUGAUAAUUUGAAUAUUGAACUUUCACAGUUGAAAAAUCAACCACUUCUAGGUCAAACUUCAGGUAUAAAAUCACUUACUACAGAUUUAAAGCUAUUCAAAGUAUGGAUCAAAGAUAUCAAUAAUAAUAUGAUCAAGUUGAAUGAGUUGGUUGGGAAAUAUCUUAAACACAUCAACAAUAUCUUCCGAAGCUUAAAUAUCAUUUUCCAGUUCAUCAAUAACUUCAUUAAUGACAUUGAAAAGAGCUUCAAUCAUUAUUUCAAUUAUAUCAAAUUACUUAACUUCAAGACCCUUGCUUCCAGUUGGAAUAAAUACUAUAACACGUUGAAGAAGUUCCCAGUGAUCAAAAUAGAGGAGAAGUCCUUUAAACUUGUGGAUUUGUUGAAUUAUCAAAUGCUUCAAAGUCACAGCACCAAUAUUGAUACCAAGUUACCCCUUAUAAUGAAUAAAUUCAAUGAUAUGGAUAAUGAAAUUAAGGAUAUCAAUGACAGGAAGUUGCGUAUUGACAAGCAGAUAGAACAAAGUAGGAAUGAAUCCAUCAGAAUGUUCAAGAGUUCACCAGUUCAAACUAAAACCGAUGAGAUCAAACUGAUCAUUGAUCAUAUUUCACGGCUUUUGGAUUCGGACACAUCUAUUGAAUCACUUCAUCAUCAAUGUAAAAAUCAAUAUCAUGAGAUAUUGUCCCAUUUAUCGGAGUUACAAGCUCUUGUGGAUACCACCAUCAAGUUCAAGCUCAAAUUGGGUAAUGAAUGUUCCACUGUAUUCAACAGCAUCUCCAAAUUACAAAUGCAAAGUGUUGAAAUCAAAAAUACCCUCAAACUUUUAUCAGUAGAUGGACAAUCUGAUGGACAAGUGAGUUAUAAAACCAUCAAUGAUAUCAAGAAAAGUGAAGAUUAUCUAUCUUUAACUGUUGAUUUACCUCUUAUUUUUGGGUUCCUUUUGAUUGAACAUCGAAGACAAUUCGAAUGGUAUGAUUUUUACGCAAAAGGGUUGGUUCAUAAUGUCACUGAACAACUUACUACCAUUGCUAACCAUGAGAAAAGUUAUCAAAAACUUUGGAUCAAGAAAUUCGGUCAAUUUGUCACUUUACUCUAUGGUAAUGAAUAUUUUAAACCCAUAAUACCCAAUUUGGAUAUCACUUUAUUGAACAACCAAACAAACAACAUGUUCAAGCUUUUUUCGGGCUUAACUAUUGAAAGAUCAGAUAUUUUGGAGUUUAUUAAGUGUGUGGAGAAUUUUGAAAAUGAAGAAAAGAAGAUUUCCACUCUUUUAAAUAACAAUUUCAAAGAUCUUGUCAAAAGUACCAAUAACAUGAAAUCAGUCACCAAAUUGAUAACUUCAAUUGGUGCUUAUACGUCACCCAAUCAAGAUUUAUCGACAUCCAAGUUCAAUAAAUUGAUUGAAAAUAAUGAUAAUAAUGAAUUUAAUGAAAAUCUCAUCAAAGGGUUAAAGACCCGAAUCAAGAAAUUAGAAGAUUUGUUACAUCAACAACAAUUCCGAAAUUUAAAUAAUUGGCCAGUGAAGAAUUUCACUCCUUCACCCGUUUCAACUCCCCCACCUCCUGCUAGAAGAGGAAGUUCUCCUACUAAAAAAGAAAGUGUUUCACCUCCUAAACAUUCGGUGAAUGGAGAUGGGUCAGUUAUAGUUUCACCCACAUCCAUCAACCCCACAACAUUAUUGAGGAAGAAUUCUGGUCCUCCACUUGAUGCUUCAGUAACUAUAGACAAGCAUCUCGAUAAUAUUCGUUUACGUAAGGAAAACAAGGAAUUAUCCGAUCAGAUCAUCUUGGCUAAGCAACAAUGUGACAAUAAGGAUGAACAAUUGAAGAGUAAGGAUCAAGAGUUGAGAAGUAAAGACGAUGAGAUAUCAAGACUCAAACAACAAUUACAAGCUUUAGAACUUCAAAAUGAUAGGAAAGUUAAAGAUCUCCAUGAUCAAGUUCUUUCUACUACUGAGAUUUCUAGAGAGUAUAAAUUAAUCAAUGAGUCUAAAGAUAAAAAAAUCGUCGAACUUACAGAAGAUUUAGCUAACAAGAAACAUGAGAUUUCUGACUUAUUGGCCAUAAAACAAGACCUCAUUUCCAAUAUGACUUCAAAAGAAAGUGAAUUCAUCAAUCAACACAAACAAUUAGAAAAUGAACUCAAAUUGAAGGAUAUAAGGAUCGAAGAGGUUAUGGAAGAUUAUGAGAAUUUGAUUGAAAUGACCACUAAAAACUCCAAUACCAAUCAUGAUCUCGUAGAUGAUCUUACCACUAUAGUCAUAGACUUAUUCCGUGAAAUCAAAAAGUCUGUUCGUUUGAAUUACGAUUUCUUCAUAGAAUUCUGUCUUAUUCUUGAAUCCAUUGGAUUGUUACUUGUUAAAGAGUUCAAUAAUGAACUCAAUCAGUUCGAAUAUAAAGUCACCAGGGUUAAAGGAUUGAGAUCUAAGAAAGAGGAUGAAAGUAUCAUAGUAGAAAAACCUCUGAGUAAAGUCAUUGGAGACAUUGAUGAUUUGAUGACUUGGGUGAAAGAUCUUGACAUCAAAGGCUUAAAUGCUGGAGAUUUUCAAGGAGGUUUGGAUGAUAAAUCCGAAUACGCUGAUCCUUUGGACGACAUUAAAUCCUUAUCUACAAAUCUUGACGACAAUAUCAUCGACACUUACAAUAAGAUCUUCAAACUGAAAAAGUUCGAUCAUUGGUUGAAAGUCAUUUCAUUCAAAGAUGAUCUUAUCACUGAUAAGUUCUUUCUUACGGGUAUAGCUAAAAGGUUCCGAGAUGUUGAAGGGUUUGCUAAGAAAUUAACUAAGGAAAACAAAGUAAAAAUUCAAGAAGUUUCCAAGUUAACUAAAAGUGUUCACAAUAAAAUCUCCAUGAAUGAUUUCCAAGUUGGUGAUCUUGUGCUUUUCCUCCCUACUAGAAUUGAAGAUAAUGAAAAUGAUGAUUCGCAGCCAUGGGCAGCUUUCAACAUUGGUGCACCUCACUAUUUCCUCAAUUUAAAAGAUAUUGGAAAAGAAUGGAUAGUAGCGAGAAUUUCCCAUAUUGAACAAUUCAAGGUUACUGAAGAGAAUUUCAAAGAUAAAUCAUCAAAUCCUUAUCUGUUAAGUAUAGGUAUAACUUGGUAUAUGGUAGAUGCGAAACCUGAAUAUUAA